CAAAAUAAAAUCAAUUGUGUUUGGCGAUCGCACAGGAACAGCAGCUGCUUCAGAGGAGGAGGUUUCCCAUACCACUUUAUAUAUAUAUACAUAUACCAUUUAGAAGUAUAUAAUGGCGAAUGUCUGGGUGCGGAUAUUCAUCGGUGGCCUGGCCAUGCUGGCUGCCAUAGGGUAUAAAAACUACAAGGAUCUUUCGGCGCCGGGCAAGAGGCCCGAUCUGGACAACAAUGCCUACUGGGGGCCCAAGACCAAGGAGCCCUACAAGGAGAACAAGGCCAUUCUGCCCUAUGACAUCAGUGUUAAGCCAGAGAUAAUUGAAGACCUCAAGGCCCAGCUGAGUCGACCCUCCAAGGCCCAAGAACCCCUGGAGGGUGUGGGCUUCCAGUAUGGCUUCAAUUCCCGGGAACUGGCCAAGGUGGUGAAAUACUGGCGAGACACUUACUUGGCCAAGUGGAGCGAGCGGGAGCAGUUCCUCAAGCAGCUGGAUCACUACCAGACCGAAAUCCAAGGCUUAAAAAUUCACUUUAUCCACGCCAAACCCAAAGAGCUGAAGGGCAAGAAGGUGCUGCCCCUGCUCCUUAUGCACGGCUGGCCGGGAACUGUCCGGGAAUUCUACGAUUUUAUACCCCUGCUCACUACGCCCAACGAUAAGAGUGAUUAUGUCUUCGAGGUGAUUGCACCCAGUCUGCCGGGUUAUGGCUGGUCUCAGGGCUCAUCAAAAACUGGCUUCGGCGUGGCCCAAGUGUCCGUGGUGAUGCGCAACCUGAUGCUCCGCCUGGGAUUCCAGAAAUUCCUGGUGCAAGGCGGCGACUGGGGCUCUCUGAUUGGCUCGAACCUGGCCAGUCUUUUUCCGGAGAAUGUGCUGGGUUAUCACUCGAACAUGUGCGGCAACAACAGCCCCAUGGGCACCCUGAAGCUGGCACUGUCUUCCUUCUUCCCCGGCUGGUUCAUCGAUAGCCAGUAUGUGGAUUACUACAAGGGAUUCGGUCACCUGUGGGCCACCAUUACGGAGGAGAUGGGCUACGCCCAUAUCCAGGCCUCCAAGCCCGACACCAUUGGCAAUGCCUUGAUCGACAAUCCCGCGGGACUGGCGGCCUACAUCCUGGAGAAGUUCUCCACGUGGACAAACCUUAAGUUCAGGGAUCUCCCCGACGGCGGGCUGACCAAGAGGUUCACCUACGACCAGCUGCUGGACAAUGUGAUGAUCUACUACGUGACCAACUCGAUCACCACCUCGAUGCGCCUGUACGCGGAGUCCAUGAACAAGGCUCAGCUCGGCCUGGAGGUGGACAGGUUGCCCAUCCUGGCCAAGUCGGGCUGCACUCGCUUCGCCCAUGAGAUUACGCAUGCUCCGGACGCUGUGCUGGCCAACAAGUUCCCCAAUCUGGUGCACAGCACCCACCACCCCGACGGCGGACACUUCCCGGCCUUUGAGUUGCCCCAGCAACUGUACGAGGACUUUGUUGCCUUCGUUAAGAAGGCCAACCUCUCCUAAAAGGGAUUUCGAUAUUGUGGUUAGUCUUAAGAAAUCAUUGUAAAUUUUCCAUAUGAGUUGUGAAAAUCAAGGUAAAAAUCGGCUUGGUGAUAAAGCGUUCCUUAUCUUCUUUGAAAACUGAAAG